AUGUCGAGCGAGGCAGGUCUGGCGCCUUGGGAGAGCGCCGUGGCGGGCGCAUCGGGUGCGGUUCUGGCCAAUGCUCUAGUAUAUCCUCUUGAUAUCGUGAAAACGAGGCUACAAGUGCAAAUAAAAAAGAAGAACCAGGAGCAUCACCACACUGCCGAACAUCAUCACUACGAAUCCACCAUCGAUGCUAUUGUGAAGAUCGUUGAACACGAGGGUGUACAUGGUCUUUACUCGGGUCUUGCAGGUGCCCUCGCCGGAGUUGCAUCCACAAACUUUGCCUAUUUCUACUGGUAUUCGGUGGUGCGAGAUCUGUGGACGAAAUAUGAGACAACUCCCGGCCAACAUCCGGGUACGGCAGUUGAAUUGUCCCUGGGUGCAGUCGCAGGAGCUCUUGCUCAGGUAUUCACAAUCCCUGUUGCUGUUAUCACCACAAGGCAGCAAACACAACCCAAGGGCCACAAGAGGGGCUUUUGGGAGACUGGAAAGGACGUUGUCCACAGCGAGGACGGCUGGACUGGCCUGUGGAGGGGCCUCAAGGCUUCUCUCGUGCUGUGUGUCAAUCCCGCCAUCACAUACGGUGCUUACCAGCGCCUGAAAGAUAUCCUCUUCCCAGGACGAGCACGAUUACGUCCAUGGGAGGCGUUCGUUCUCGGAGCCAUGUCCAAAUCCCUGGCAACACUAACAACACAGCCACUGAUCGUCGCCAAAGUUGGCCUACAAUCACGACCACCUCCGGCUCGCGAGGGCAAGCCGUUCAAGACGUUUGGAGAGGUUAUGGCCUAUAUCAUCGAGCACGAAGGCCCUCUUGCCCUCUUCAAGGGCAUCGGUCCUCAACUACUGAAGGGGUUGUUAGUCCAGGGUCUUCUGAUGAUGACCAAGGAGAGAGUCGAGGUGCUGUUUAUUCUACUCUUCGCUUAUCUGCGUGCCGCCAAAACGAAGCGGGCGAAAUUGGCCGAGACUCUGAAGAGUCGUGCCAUGCCUGUGGCGGAAAAUGUUCUUGAGAAGGCCAAGACUGCUUUGCCAGCAACCGCAAAAUAG